AUGAGAAUCACGCAGUUGUGGAGCGAUUGUACUUUUCGGCCGAUGCACGAGCGGUUUACAAUUUCUAUUGGAGUAUGCGGAGUUAGUUACUUGGAGGGUAAUGAGCACCGUGUCAUAAUUUCAUCACACGGUGUUCUACGCGCGAAACUGGGGCAAGUCUUUCUUUUCACUUAUGCUGGGAUGGAGUUUGUUUUUCAUUUAAUUGCUUUUGCACCGCGUGCUCUUUUUGAUGCCGUCGUCUUUGAAGCAAGACGCUUAGAAAAUCGUCAUGUUAUUGUGACAGCUCUUUGUGGUGGUCAGAAUUCAAAAAACUGA